GGUUGGCCAGGCCUGCUCUAGACGGAGCAUUACGGUACUGGUCCAUGGAGGAUGCUGCAUGAUGGAUGGGAUGCAGAGGACUCGCGAGCAGCUGCUAGAGGGCGAGUGAUGGAGUGAGCAGGGGGGCACUGUGCAGUGGGCUGUAGGGUGAGAGCUGGAGACUGUGCAGCAGAGCCGGUGCUGAGGGGUGAGAGGAGCUGAGAGGACCGCUCUCUGACUGCUGUACAUGUCACCUCACCUGUAAUCACCCCCCCCCACACACACACACACACACACUAAACUAUGAGAUACAGCCUGCUGCUGCGUGGCCCCUGAGGAGUGUGCACUAUACACACAUGCAGGUAGUAGUCCCACAGUCUCAUGUCCCUUGCCAGCUGCUAGAGUGGGAUGUCUCGCCCCUCUCGGCCUCCCUCAGGGGACAUCCCUAGGAAUCUGAGUUAUAUUGCUGGUCUAUAUGAGCGAGCUUAUUACCGCACUGCCAGGCCCAGCAUAGAGGAGCAUGAUGAGGAGGAGGAAGUGAAGGCCCCGGCUUCUCAGCGGAGGUGGCGCUCACGGUCUGCUCCUGCAUUGCGUGUGUCCCGGGGAGAGCCGCGUCACCGCAGCCCGGAGACCAGGAAGAGAGUGCGCUUUGCUGAUGCCUUAGGCUUAGAGUUGGAGUCUGUACGCCACUUCAGAUGUGAGGACAUGCCCUGCAUCCCCCAGCAUGUCACCCACCGACUGCAGAAGGAGCUGAUGCCACGGCUUACAGGAUCUUGCAGCAACAGAGAGUAUGCGAGCUGGUGUGAGGCUCGGCAUGCCAUAUCCCCCUCUUGGAUAGUAGAGCCUGGAACAUGGGAGAAGCACACUUGGGAGCGCAGUGCCUGGGACCAGCAGACAUGGGAUCAGCGUGUGUGCCUACAGAGUAUGCGCUGUGAAAGCUGCUUCUUGUGGGGGUCUGUGAGAGUCCUGGAUCUGGCUUAUGAGAAAAUAGUUACCGUGCGAUAUUCUCUAGAUGGUUGGCUUUCUUAUCAGGAAACACAUGCUCUGUAUGCUGCUCGUCUGUGCCAUGGGGGGCCUGGGCACCCUGGCACAGAUCUCUUCACUUUCCGUCUUCCUUUACCACCACAGGACCAAUCACAGGCCUUAUCGCUGCAAUUUGCUAUCCGCUAUGAAGUAGGGGAGGAGGAAUUCUGGGACAACAACAAGGGCAGGAACUACAGCCUGAGUCACCCUGAAGCUGGGCCUUCCCGAUCUCAGUAUACUGAGAAUGGAUGGAUACAUUUCAUAUAACACAGGGGGACCAGGGCCGGUCUUUAAAACUUACACUGUUAUUGCUCUGUAUCUCAAAGUAACACCAAAGAAUAGAGACCAAAUAAUCACUGUCAGGAAGCAGUAGAAACAAGGCAUUUAUGUCAGCCUGUAAGCAGGAUCAGGGCACGGCUGCAGCAAGUGAGACUGGGAUUGCAGUCGCAAGUUGUGACAUGCCCCUGAUAUGGUCGCAACACACCUGUGUUUAAGUCACCACUCCCCCAUUACCUCCCGUAAAUGCACCUCACUGUCGGUGCAAAUAAAUCUGCACUGUGACCAUUCUCGCAAGACCGUCGCGGCACAUGCGCAGUGUGACUUAUACACAUGCACAUUAGCAAGAAAUCUCCUCACUAUGUACAACACUGCAUACAUUGGGCCUGAUUCACAGGAAGGUAGGGGGUUAGAGUUAGAAUACUUACCCAGGAAGUGUCAGGAUACCAUUGUCGGUAUUCUGACCGCCAGCAUUCCAAGCAACAGGAUCCCAAUACCAACCCGUGUGGGGCUCUGUGCAUGUACAGAACGGGUCUUGCGAUGUUGCUCACAGCCCCCUGUCAGCCGCAGCAUGAUUGACAUGCUGCUGUGUUGUCAGGGGCACCACCUGGCACCAUUCUUCAAAACGGGGGUGUAGAAGGUGUGACAGGUCAAGGGUCUGCGUUGCCGGAUGCAGACUUCCUGAACCCCGGUGUCCAGAUCUGACAGCCUGCCCUAGUAGUCUUCAGCUUAUGCAGGCUGGCCAAUGCCUGUAACCAUCAUGAAUCGUGAGCGAUGAUUGCGAUGGUGAUCCGAGGCUGCGUCCUCAGACGCAGUACUUGUAGCCUCUCUAAUGCUCACAGGAGGUGUCUCUCUCUUACCUCCUGCUGGAUUGGAAUUUUAAUUAGAUGGAAUUGCACAGCUACUUCCUUGUGACUGUGCAAUUUUGACAAACCUGAAUUGGGCCCAUUGUGACUAUCUCUGAAUCAGGCCUCCUGUAUGUACACCUCUCUGUAUGUGAAGCCGUCUCUGUCACCCCACGGGGGUUCUCUUUCUACCCUUUGUAUGUACUGUAUGUCUCCCAAUGUUCCCUAACUUCAUCUGUUUACUCCCAUAUCUGCUCUGACAACCCACUGUACCUUGUAUUUCACCUGUUCCUCUGCACAGACUUUUCUUACUCUUCUGGUCAAUGUGAUAGGCAGAACCAGUGCUGGUAGCUGUAAUUCAGGAGCUGCGUGCACAGAAAGAAGCACAACUGCCACCACCACCACAUACUGUAGCUGACCCUAACAAUGACCGUUAAGCACAAUUUUUUACAUGCAAUCAUUUUUGAUGUUUAUCUUAAUAGGAAACUUUUGGCCUAAUGGCACCAAAAUUGAGAUUCGGGGGCGCUGUGAUGUGAGAAAAUUUGGGAACGGCUGGCUUAUUUAAUAAUGUUACAUAAAAUCAUGUAAUCCCAGCCACUAGUUCACUAUGUGCUUCCAUUAGUUUACCUUGUAGUAGACCAUUCACAAUUGAUCAGGCUGAUACCCAGCUGGUGUUGGUACAGGUUAAUAUUGGUUUUGACACCACUCUAUUUAUAAGCUGUUAUAUGAAGGCCAUUUUCUUCUCUCUUUUAAAAUAAUGACUCAGAAAAAUGUAUAGCCAAUAGAUUUGCCUCAAUGUGGACUGCACACCCUUUUUCUGUAUUCGCUAAACAAGCCAAUCACAAGUGGUUUGCGAGUGCUGGCAAUCGCAUCAUCAUAAUCCAGUAUCUGUACCUGCUAUGGACCACAAAUGAUACAACUGUGUCAUUCAUAUAUGCAUCUGUGUCCUGAUCUGCAUCUGAUUCCAAUUGUGCAGAAUGUCCUUCCUGUACUCCGCCUACCUUAGAAAGUAUCUAACCAACUAAGGGCCUAAUUCAGACCUGAUCACAGCAGCAACAUUUUUCUCUAAUGGGCAAAACCAUGUGCACUGCAGGGGGGGGGGGGCAGAUAUAACGUGCAGAGAGAGUUAGAUUUAGGUGGGGUGUGUUCACACUGAAAUCUAAAUUGCAGUGUAAAAAUAAAGCAGCCAGUAUUUACCCUGCACAGAAACAAUAUGACCCACCCAAAUCUAACUCUCUCUGCACGUUAUAUAUGCCCCCCUGCAGUGCACAUGGUUUGUCCAUUAGAGAAAAAUUUUGCUGCUGCAAUCAGGUCUGAAUUCGGCCCUAAGUCCCUUGCCUUCAGACACAGAUGGGUGUAAGGUCCAGAUUUGCGCUAGUUUGCAUAGGUGCCUGUGUGUGUCCACUUUUUACAAAAAUGUUCUCGAGUGCCACGUGUCCUAUGGAUUUUGUUCUUGAGUGCCACAUAUCUUAUGGAUUUUGUUCUCGAGUGCCACAUAUCCCGUAGAUUUUGCUUUCGAGUGCCACAUGUCCCGUAGAUUUUGUGCUCGAGUUCCACAUGUCCUAUGGAUUCUGAUCGUAAACAACACAUUUCCCAUAGAUUUUGAACAAAGAGAACUGAUAUUCUGAGAGAGAAAUAAAGGAGACUGACAAAUGGUUUCUAAAACAUUACAGCACAGCUUGUUGUUAAAUGUUGUACUAUAUGUGCUUUAAGCCAUACAAAUUUGUAUCUGUAGCUGCACCCCCACAUUCAGAUUGUCUGUCCUUAAACUUUCUGAAGCUUAAUGGUAGGUGUGACCAUAUUGCUGUGAAUUGCUUGCUCAAACAUUCACUCCACUGUGGCGCACAUACACAGCUAAUGUUUAAAAGGCUUGGACCAACUUGUGCCUUAUUCAGUUUCUUAAGAUAAAUGGAAUUGAUGCUGAUCAGAUAGAAAUACUUGAAGAGGGAGGCAUGUGUUAGGACAUGAGCAGCAGCUGACCAAUCACAUGCUACAUACUUCAGCUUAGAAGGCAGUUUGGCUCACAAGCGUUAAAUCUUAAGGCCCCAACACAUGGCACGACAUAGCUGCCGAUCUGACGAAUUGGAACAAUAUAGAAGCUAUAUCGUUCCAUGUGUGGGCAUGAUGUCGUCCAUUGCGGUUGUCCGCCCGCAUCAGUGAUCUUUGUAUCGAUGAUCUUCUGCUACACAUAUCGCUCCGUGUGUCGCCAGCUUAAGGGAUCUAUACACUAAACCUUGGAGAGAGAUAAAGUGGACAGAGCUAAAACUACCAGCCAACCAGCUACUAACUGACAUUUUUCAAACACAGGGGUAGAUGUAUAGAAAUGCAUACAUCAUUCCUUAAAUGUUUAGACCCGCAUCACCGCAUUAUCACAGUAAAGCGUGCACAUACUUCGACAGCAUGUAUUAACAAUGCUCGUUGCAGAUAUGGGAAUGCGUUCUCUCACCUCUCCGGUGAUCCGAAUCCUUCCACAUCAGCUUUCUUUUUCAGCUUCCGCACCAAUAGUGCUCAUGCGCUAUCAGACUCUCUCCCCCGGCCGGCUCACUGGAUAUGCGCAAGAUCUCGCUAUUAUCAUGAGAUAUCACAUGCAGCCCAGAGCCGACAGCCAGGGACAACACUGUUCUUGGCUGUAGUGUAUUGACAACUGCAGCUGUCAAAAUCGAUAGCUGCAGGUGUCGGAACGGUGAGUGAAACGGACCAUUCAUGCAUUGCCCCCGCAUAUCGGCUUCCUAUUUUAGGAGCGCCGAUAUAGACUUGGCAUACUUCCCCGCAUUCAUACAUGGGGGAGAAGUGGUAUUAGCGAUUCUGCUUCUCCCCCAUUUUGAGACUUCUUACAUCUACCCCACAGUCUAUAACAUGGUAGUUAGGAGCUGACUGGUUGGUACUUUAUCUCUGCCCACUUUAUGCCCCUCCACGGCUUAGUACGUAGACUACUUAAAUCCUGCAUUCAGGCAAAGGUGUUCUAAUCUUCGUUAAAAGAGGACAGUAUAGGUCAUGGAAGUCUAAAAUGUCUACUGAUCACAUUUAUCUUGUUUUAUUACUAAUUUUUUUUUUUUUUAAACCGCUUGACGCUCACUCUCUGUUCAUGUAAACAAUAUCCGUUUAUGGCAUCUUGUUGAACGGAUGAGAUGAGACCAUUUCAUAUGCUGCCUGAUGACAUAGAGUAGCUUGGCAAUAAUGGUUUGUAUAUUAUAUGUAUGGGGUGGACUGUGGUCUAUAAAUUAGGUGGCCCUGGGAUUGGGAUGCAGUCAAUAUAACUGCUGUCGGAAUCCUGGUGUUCAGGAGACUGACGCCAGGAAUGCCGACACGCUGGGUAUUUUCACUCGGUUGGUUGGUCCAUGCCACCAACCGAGUGGGAAUAGAACCUGUGGCAAGCGAAGCAAGCCACCGGCCUGAUGCGUGGCGAGCGUAGCUAGGGAUUCCGGGAGACAGGAUGCCGCCGCUGUCAGUAUAGUGACAGACUGCAUCCUGUCUGCCAGAAUAGCAUAUGUAUCACCUGGGAUCAGUGUAGUGUAACUUUCAGCCAGAUUGGAAAUUGUCGUCACAACAAGCAUAAUUGCAGAAAUGACUGCAGCAAUUGGGGGGAAGGGAGUGAAAUGUUGGUAUAAUUACUUGGUUUUGUAAUGAAAGCAAAUAGUUUAUUGAGUGGGAGGGACGACUAUAGUGAAGGUAUGAGUUAUUAAUGCACACGCUGUAAGUAUGUGAAGGACUACAGUAUCUGUGAUUGAUAACUGAAGUAAUAUGAAGGCAGCUAUGGACUGUUAUGCUGAGGGCAAAGUGUAACGUUUAUACUCAUCCAGCGAAUAGAGCACCUUAAUGAUUACCUCUGUAUGAAACAUCAUACAUUCUCAGGGAAUCUGAGGGCUACCGUUGGCCUAUGGGCUGCUAUUUUGACUACUAUGAAUUAGUGUAGAAUUCAUUGAAGAGAUAAUAUUUUGUCCUAUGAUUGCUUACAUGGAGAGUAGCUUGUAUUGUGUGGAGUAAAGUAGAAUGUAGACUACUGUGAUUUAUUGAAAGGCAAGAUGUAGAUUGCUGGUUAUUUAUAUAAUGAAAAAUACAUGGAGUAUUGAAUUAGGGUAUUAUAUAUUGUGUAAUGAGGUUGGUUUAAUGUAUAUUAGUGGCUCUUACAGUUAAGGAAAGCAUGGUAUUAUUUCAUACAAACAAGUACAAGUGUUAUGUAGUAAAUGGUUAAUGUUGUAUAAAUUCAAUAAGGUGAGGUGCAGUUAGUUGGGAUUGGCAGCGUUUAAUGGCUUAUACUAUACAAUGAUGAGAAUAUUAUAGAGUGUGCUACUGAUUUAUACACUGAGGUGGAAACUUUGCGUGUAGUUAUUAUAAUAAGGUGAACAUGCCUUGGGUUCAUCCAAAUUAAGAGAGGAGCAUGCAAUGUAUUAGUGGUUUAUACAAUUAGGUUAUAAUGUGAUUGCUACUAAUCCAUACAGUAUAUGUAUUAAAGGCUCAUACGCAUACUUGGGUAAGGUAUAUUGUACUAGUGAUUUAUAAAAUCACUAUUACAGUAAUGCACUACUGACUUGUGCAGUCUUGUCAUACGUAAAGGAAUGGAUUAAUGAAUUAUUGUAUUAGACAAGGGUAAGAUAUUACAUGAUGUUGAAACUGAUUGUUUUUCCCACCUCAGAGGCCUUCUUGUUGCCUUAUAAAUUACUCAUGUUACUAUAUGUUAAACAUAUAGUCUUGCCUAAGCUAUGUGUAACCAAGGAAUGAAAUAUUAAUAAAU